AUGCUGAUUAUCCGGGCACACACAAGACUGCUUCAUGCCGGAGUUCAAGAAACCUUGGCAGAACUGCGCGAAGAGCAUUGGAUUAUUCGGGGACGUCAAGUACUGAAGAAGACUCUGCACGGAUGCCAUAUCUGUCGCCGAGCAAAGGCCCAGGCCUGCGCAGAAGCCACUGCUCCUCUGCCACGAGACCGUUUAUCCCAGGCGCCGCCUUUUACAGUCACAGGUACGGAUUACGCAGGACCACUGUACUACAAAUGCUCGGAGCGGUCCGCUAGGGAGUGCUACAUCCUAAUCUUCACUUGUGCGGUGACUAGAGUAGUCCACCUGGAAUUGACUAAAUCUAUGUCGGCCGAAGAUUUCCUGAUGGCAUUCAGAAGAUUCCUGUCGCGAAGAGGCAUCCCUGAGACGAUGUAUUCGGAUAAUUUUAGAACGUUCAAGCGAGUGCGGCGCGAUCUCACCCUCGAUAGGCUGUCGCAGCAUCCUCAAGUAAGCGGGUUCCUCACGGGGCGCCGCCUCUCAUGGAAGUUCAUCGUAGAACGAGCAGCCUGGUGGGGUGGGUUCUGGGAGCGUCUGAUUCGAACCGUAAAGACGUGCCUGCGCAAGAUUGUAGGCAGAAGCACCCUUGGAUACGAAGAUCUUGCUACGAUCCUCGCCGAAAUCGAAGCUGUGAUGAAUUCUCGGCCACUAACAUACGUCUCGGAAGACCCAAACGAUUUUGCGGCCAUCACCCCCUCCCACUUUUUAGUAGGCCACAGGCUCACCGCUCUCCCAUCACGCGAGCCAAGAGCCGCAACCGGGUCAACUCCCGUGGACCUACGACGACGAUGGAUUUACCAGGAGAGGUUGACAGACCGGCUUUGGGAAAAGUGGACAAAAGAAUAUAUCCUUUCCUUGCGAUCGGCCAACACCUGCAAGCCUGUCCAGUCACGCAGUGUUAAGGUCGGUGACCUGGUGCUGAUAUCCGCUGAGCAGAGACCACGAAUAUCUUGGCCUCUAGGGCGAGUCAGCCAGGUCAGGGUCAGCCCAGACUGA